AUGGAUACAGGAAACAUUGAUAAAACUAAUGCUGAAAAUGAUCUUUAUUUACCACAAACUGAUUCAUUUUGGGAAAUUGGUAAAUAUAAUCGCGUAGUAAAACGAUGCGAUGAUGGUAAUAAAUUAACAGCUGAUCUUGUUGGUAUGAUUAGUGAAAGAGCUGAACUUGAAAAAACAUUUUCAAAAAUGCUUAAAAGUUGGUCAAAAAAAUGGUCAGAUUAUGUUGCAAAAUCAUCAGAAUUCGGUUCAAUGACAACAGCUUGGAAAGCAAUAAUGGGUGAAGCUGAUGCAUCAGCUGAAGUUCAUCAAACAGUACAUGAUGAAUUACAAAAUGAUGUAAUACCAGCAAUAAAAUCAUGGCAAAAAACAAAAUAUGUUAAAUCAAUGAUGCAUGUUAAGCCAACAAAAGAUUUUGAUGAAGAAUUUAAACGAGCACAAAAACCAUGGGCUAAAUUAUAUGUUAAAGUUGAUAAAUAUAAACGUGAUUAUCAUACAGCAACGAAAAAUCUUAAAAUGGCUGAAACACAAGAAAAUAAUUCAAAACUUGAUGGAACUGUACCAUUAGAUCAACGUGCUAAAGUUACAGAAAAACUUGAAAGAAGUCGUAAGGAAAAAGAAACAGCUAAAAGUAAAUAUAAUGAAGCUCUUCAAGAACUUAAUCGAGCUAAUCCAAAAUAUAUGGAUGAUAUGAACGAUGUUUUUUCCCGGUGUCAAGUUUUUGAACGAGAUCGUCUUGUUAAAUUUCGAGAAUUUUUAGGUACAACUGAAAAAUGUCUUGAUCUAAGCAAUCGAUUACAAUCAUCAAAUUUUCAACAAUUUAAUCAGACAAUUAAAGGUUGCGAUGCUGAUAAAGAUUUAUCAUGGUGGUCGGAUACAUAUGGUGCCGGUAUGAAAAUGAAUUGGCCUACAUUUGAGGAAUCAACAAAUCUAGUUCAUCAUCAACAACAAAAUCGUUUUUCUUAUUGUGCUAAUGAUUUAUUGAUGGGUUAUGAUACAUAUAAUCGCCGACAAUUAGCACAUUUUGUUAGUCAAACAAGUACUGCUGUUGCAUAUGAUACACGAGUAUUGGUUGUCGAUUCUUAUGCAACUAUUCGUCGAUCGAUGCGACGAACAGCUGCUGUUGUUACACGCGUUCGUCGAGAUCUCGUCAAGCGUGAAGAAUAUACGGAAGCCCAUCGUACACUCUCGCGUCGUGCUAAAGGUGAAAUUGAAAAAGAAAAUCCAGUAGUUGUUACGGCUAUUCGAUCAAAUGCUAAUACAUCAUCAGGUGCUGCACCUGCCGAUAGUCGAUUAUCAACAAAUAAUGCUGCAUUCAAUGAAGAGACUGAUUCAGCAUCGGCUUCACCCUAUAUGGGUAGUUAUCAUCAACAGACUUCAGCUCCAGCUGAUGUAUCACCCGGUUGGAUAGCUAAUUCUUGGACAAAUGAUUAUGGAACAGGAACAAGUAAUGGUGGUCAUUCAUCGUUACCAGCAUAUCAAACAAAUAAUACUUCAUCAUAUCAAUCAUCAUUUCCACCAGCAGGUAAUCCAUUUUAUGAAGAUGAUGAUAUGAAUAAUGGUGAUUCAUUAUCAUCAUCUCAUCAACCUUCACAUCAAUCACCAACAUCAGCAGGUGGUUCAUCACUUGAUAGUAGUGCCGGUGUACCUGUAAGAGCUCUUUAUGAUUAUGAAGCACAAGAAGAAGAUGAACUAUCAUUUAAACAAGGUGAUAUAUUUACAAAAUUAGAAGAUGAAGAUGAUCAAGGUUGGUGUAAAGGACGUGCUGGAAAUCGAAUAGGCCUUUAUCCGGCUACUUAUGUCGAAGCUCUGUAA